AUAUCUUAAGGUAUAUUAAGAUAAUUAUAUUCUCACACAAAUUAAUUAAUAUCAAAUGUAUUCUUCCCUAAAAAAAAUCAAUUGUAUUUCCUUUUUAAAAUUAUCAUAAUUAAUUCUAAAAUUAAAUACAAAAAAAAAACAUGUGCAAUUUCAAGAGUAGUUACCUUUUUCUUUUUCUUCUCAAGCUAUAAAUAUAUAUAUAUAUACAGAGACUGAGAAAGAAAGAUAUCACCAUCUUCACCAUAUCAUUAUUAUCUUUCUCCAUUACCGAUCAGUUAUAUAUGAAAAUGUCUUCAUCAACUCAGAACCUACUUCCACGACUCAGGAUUUCAGCCGCCUCGGUAGCCUUCAUCUCCACCCUAUUACUAUUACUCUUCACGUUUCUACCUGCGUUGGAGGGAAGGUCCAUUAAUGGCGGAGCAAAGUGGUCUGAAGAGAAGAAUACGGCGUUGUUGAAGAGUCGCAGUAGUACUGAAAUUCAUCGCAAGCUUAGUAGUGGUACUGAGAAAGAAUCUGCAAGAAUUGAACCCCACCGAAUCAGAGGUAGUGAUGAAUCAGCUAACUGUUCAACCUUAGAUAUAACAGUGAGCCAAGGCCCCACGAGCCCUCUCCCAAGGGGCAUACCAACUUUCUCAGUUGAAAUCAUAAACAACUGUUUCACUGGCUGCACCAUCUCAAAUAUUCAUCUCAAAUGUGGAUGGUUCAGCUCAGACAAUCUCAUCGACCCAAAAAUCUUCAAACGCCUUAAUUUUGAUGAUUGUCUUGUCAAUGAUGGCAAGCCUUUACUCAAUGGUGCUAUUGUUAGUUUCAAGUAUUCCACUACUAUGCAAUUCCCUUUAUCAGUUUCUUCAGUUGUUUGUGGUUCAUUAAUUUGAUAUAUAGUACUAUAGUAUACACAUAUUAUAAUUAGAUAUAUAUAGUUACUACUUAUUUGGGGCUAUUUGCUGCCAAUUUUUGGUGUUUGAUUGGAAAUUUUUUGUUCUAGUUAUUAUAAUAGAAAAUGGUUCAGACUUACAAUUUUGUUGGGAGUAUAAAGUUAAGAACAAUAAAGGAAAAAUGAUUCUGAAAUGAGUGGGUGGGAAAAAGCUUCUGCUUUAACUUGAGCCUUAAGUAGUAGACGACAAAAAGAGUUAUUGUUUACUAAAAUUGACUCGACAUAAUGGACAACAUAUAAAACUGUGAACUUUCUUUGAAAAUUCGAACUGUAUUGGCAUGUUCAUUUAGGUCUAGGUUGUUCUGUAUGGUUUUUUUUUCUAAAAAAAAAAAAGAAAAACACACGUUGACUAUCAAUUUAUGCUACAGUUUUUUGGUUCCUACUUAUUUUGACAAAUGGCCUAAAGUGUCUGAAAUUUGGAUUUAAUUAAUGAGAGACCGAUUCCCUCUUCUUUCUUCAUUUAUUUUUUGGAAGUGGACAAGAAAUUGAAUGUUGUGAUUAUAGAAAUAUUGGGUUUAUUUUAUUUGUAUUUUUCUUGAGGAAGAAUGUGGCAAAAGGAAUGAGUUUGUCUAUGGAUGAAUACACUUGAUUUUGGUCUCUUUAAAUGAGAUAUUAUGAUUCUGUCAGUGAAUAUAUAUUGUCUUUAAUUAAUAAUAUGACAUUUGUCACAUGUUUCAAUGUCAAUUUCAUUACAUUUCGCAUGUAACAAUAACAGUGAGAAUUUAGUAAAAUUAAAUAAUAAUAGUACUGGCAUGCAUGUCAGAUGAUAAAUAUAUAAAUCUUAUGUCACACUCAUCAUAUUGAUAUGAUUAAGACACGUUAUUCAUUAAUUUGAUAUUUUAACAUUAACAGAUCAUUAAUGGUGGCUCUAUUAAUUUACAGUGCAA